AUGAUCCUCGGCGCUGCUAUGCGGCUGAGCCUCCGUGCUCCAUCCACCGCAACCGCCUUAUCCUUCUCACACUUCGUCAGCCUCCGUUCGCCCAUUCCCUCCUCCGGUCCUCGUCUCUUUCCGGCGAGUCUCCCCCCACACAUUCUGACCAAACCCAGAGGACGCCGCCCUAACAUCUCCACCGCCGCCGGAUUUGGGGUCUCCGUGUUGAAUGACGCCGGCGCUACCACCUUGGUCGUCGGUGGCGCCUACGCUUUAACUUUGAGCCGGAAGCUGGUUCACAUAUUAUCAGGGUUGCUUUUUUUAGCAUCCUGGCCAAUCUUUAGCACAUCUACAGGGGCUCGCUAUUUUGCUUCCAUAGUGCCCUUCAUAAAUUGCUUGAGACUUUUGAUGAACGGCCUUUCCUUGACUACGGAUGAAGGGCUCAUAAAAUCUGUUAGUCGAGAGGGAAAGCCAGAGGAAUUGCUUAAAGGUCCCCUUUAUUAUGUUCUUGUCUUAAUUUUAUGUGCCGUUGUGUUUUGGCGGGAAUCCCCUAUUGGAAUGAUUGCGCUUUCGAUGAUGUGUGGUGGUGAUGGUAUUGCUGAUAUAAUGGGAAGAAGAUUUGGCUCCUUAAAAUUACCUUAUAAUUCACAGAAGAGCUGGGUCGGAAGCAUAUCCAUGUUUCUCUUUGGUUUCUUGGUUACUUUUGGGAUGCUCUGUUAUUAUGCGAUCUUGGGAUACAUUCAACUGGAUUGGAUCGAAACUGCAAAACGAGUUGCUUUGGUUUCGUUUGUUGCAACUGUUGUUGAAUCCCUCCCAAUAACGGGAAUUAUCGAUGAUAACUUGUCUGUUCCUUUGGUUAGCAUAGUUGCUUCAUUUUUGGUUUUUGGUUUCUAG